AUGGCAAAUGAGCAGGAAGAGGUAGAGGAAGAUCACGGCGACGCGUUUGCUAACAGGUCUGGGUUCCAGAGUGUGCAGGAGGACGAAGAACAUGCUAUUUUCACAAUUCAUAACAGGCCCGUUCGUUUCUACUUAUAUACCAAUGGCAAGAGUGGCCAUUACAGCCUUACUCCGCACCAAGUGGAAAUUUUAUCUAACAAGAUAUAUACACACGGAGGAAACUUAACCCUUGAUGAAGAGGAUGCCGAUACCAUCAUUGCUCCAUACGCUGCAAUAGAAGACCUGAGAGGAAAGUUCUGGGACUCGCGCACAGUCUAUGUCGAAGAGCCUAGCUUUGUCCAGCGUUGCAUCAUUAGGAAGCGAUACGUGGAGAACCGUCACAAGCCUGUCAGAAAAGGCAUGGGGGGACGAUCCUACGGUGGUAACAGUCGCGUUGAGUUCACUGCCGAAGACGAUCGCCAUUUGUGCGAAUAUAUCGCUUCUGUUGCUCCGAAUCCAGACGAAGGAGGACGCUCAGGACUUGAAAUCUAUAAGCGUUUACUAAGAUCAGCGGAAUACUUCGAGCAUAGACGGUGGGCCAAACGCCACACGUACUGGUCGUGGUUGGAGCGCUAUAGGAAACGGCGUGCGCUCUUCGACCCUAUCAUCGAACACUUGGUGGAGGAGAAUCCUCCUCCCGCUGACGGAAAGGGUCUAUACGAACGUAGCAGGCUAGUCAAGUCAGGGACUGUCCGUCAAGAACUGGUGGAGGAUGAAGAUGAGGCUGAUGCCGAGGAGGAGGAAGAGGAAGAGGGGUCUCAGAGAGUGCGUGAGGGUGGCGAAACACGUAAGAGGCCUCGGGUUGACAGCAGUGGCGAGUCAGACGGCGAGCGAGAAGAAGAGGAGUACUUACCCGUUCACCCUGCUAAGAGGGUAAGACGUAGCGAUAUGGGGCCUCGAGUCGUGUCUCCUAUUGAGCAUGGACGCCUUGCUCGGAGGCCGACAUCAUUUCCACAGUCCACGCAGAGGUGGGAUAAUAGUCUUCUUUCGAGUGACGAUGAUGAUGAAGAGCCAACUGGGAUUCCAUUCGAAACCCUCAGCGAGAAUCCUGCCAGUUACGAAGUAAGUCGUGCAAGCCAGAGUAUUCCCUCAAGUAUCCGCCGCCCGGGACCCGAAGAUGCUGGUCCAUCUGGCACACAACCUUCUCCGAGCCACUUGAGGUCUCCUAUGUUCGAAUUCUCCCCUCACUCGCUUUCUGACGCGGCUCGCAGGGUACCGAUGAGUUCACAAGCCACACUGGUCGGCACACAGAUGGCGCCUGCCGAUUCUGACAAGGUCUUUGCCGCUCGUCAAACAGUGUCGGAGACCAAUCAGUCAGUACGCUCGAAAACCAUAUUAAAUAGCACGGCAGCGCGACCUGCUUCCGGUAGUGCGCGACGACGUGGCAAUAUGCAAGCUCAAACAGCGGCCAUUUCAACAACGAGUCCCCAGACAGCCACUAGGACAAAGAAAUUUAUGGUUGUAGAGCCUCCCCCUGUGUCUGACUCAUUCCCUAAACCUCGGACACGGGCCACUGUAUCCGCCGUAACGGGCGCAAGAACUCGUGCAUCAACUUCCCGCGCCCCUCGACCAAAUACUGCGACUACGUCUAUUAGCGCGAUUAGACAGCAGAAUAUGGUGGAAGAAGUACAUCAAGACUCUAUUGGCGAUAGUGCGAUGCCCAGUUACAUGGGCGGCAACGGAAGCUUAGAAGGUGCCCCCGGUAUGGUGGGAGAGACCAACGAAGAUGAACUUGAAGACGUCGAGGGGCUUCUUGCCAUCAGCAACGGCUCGAACAGCCAGAGCAAGGCUUCAAAUCCUAUGUCAGGCCAGACCUCACGACAACCCCAUCCAUUCGAAGUAGACAUGGAUAGCGAUGACGAACGCUCACGAUCGAUCCUGCUGCCUGCGGUCAUAAGCAACACUAGCGCGACUUCGGGCGUUCGUAGUGGUGCACUCAUUCGUUCCGCCGUCAAUACACCAGAGCGCCGACAGUCUGCUGUUCAGCCUCCGGGGACACAGAGAGUGUCGUUUACACCAGCCAGCCUCUUGGUUGAACGCUCUCAAGCUUCUUCAAGGAGGCGAUCGGGUCCUCGCCUUACUGGUUCAUCGGAUACGGACUCGGUUCCUAUGCAAGGUACGCGGGCGAGGGAGGAGAAGGUUAGGAUGGUGGAAGAACUACAACGAACGCCGUAUACGCCACCUCGUGGGACUAGGGCUGCCGCCGCAACUUUGACGCUACGAAAUCGUGAAGUACCCCGUAUCGGGGUCAGGCAGUAG